AUGAGUAGACAAACUACUCGUAGCAAAAAAAGGCAUAAGGCUGACGAUGGUGAUAAUACUCCUGGGAUACUGAGGUUAGUCACUUUUUUUCUUUAUUUUUUAUAUAUUAACUAAUAAUUGCACGUGUUUAUUCAUAGUUUUUUGUCUUUUUAGGAGGAUUCAUCUAUCUGGUGAGGUUACCCAUAAUGACAUUUGCCAACUCUAUUCAAUCAACAAACCUCUUUGUCAGGGUUGCCGUGUAAAUUCCAGGGACUCCCCAAACUGCUUCUGUGGCCUGGUUCCAUCCUCUAGUGGAGCUAGAAAAAGCGGCUUGUGGCAGAAGCUUUCAGAUCUUAUUUCUUCUGUUCUUGGUCCAGACCCAAAUGAGGAUCACCGCUUACCCAGAGAAAGACCUGCUGGACUGACUAAUGUUGGGGCAACUUGCUAUGCGAAUAGUAUACUUCAGUGUUUGUAUAUGAAUAUAUCUUUCAGAGCUGGUAUCUUCUCUGUUGAGUCAGAUCUCCUGAAUCAGCAUCCUGUUUUGGAUCAACUAGCACGUCUCUUUGCCCUACUCCAUUCCGGAGAAAAGGCUGUUAUUGACUCACUCCCAUUUGUUAAGACAUUGGAGUUGGACAAGGGUGCUCAGCAAGAUAGUCAUGAGUUUCUCACUUUAUUUCUUUCUUUACUGGAGCGGUCUCUAAGCCAUUCAGAAGUUUCUAAAGCAAGAACUCUUGUUCAAGAUCUAUUUCGUGGCAGUGUGUCACAUGUGACGCGGUAAGAGAUUCUUUUAAGCUUCUCACUUUAACAAGAAAUACAGCGUUUGGAAUACAUAUGGGUUUUUUAGUUUUGAUUGUUUCCGUUUUUUUUCAUUGUUUCCAUUUGCGUCUGUGGAAUGUUUACUUUAAUUAAUGGAAAAUCUCUUUUGUCUAACUAGUAACGAAAUCUUGUAUCCAUCUAUAUCAAUAUGUCUAAAGAAUCCCCGAAAUGCCUCAAAGGGCACCAGAUAUCCCCUUCUUAGUCCAGUCACCUGGGCAACUCGUCUGUAUUUGUGGUAGCUGCCUUUGUAAGGGAGAUGAUUGAGGUCCUCUCUUCUUCUGAACACUAAUAAUGCGUCAUUAUUAUGUUUUACCCUGGGUAAAGUAUCUGAUUGGUAGCUUUUGAAGAAUUCUCAAACCAGUCGCUUGAUGAAUAGUAAAAUUGCUCAGUUACUUUUGUUCUCAAUAUCAUCCUAGAGAGGUCCAUGAAAGAUGCUGAAUUUAGGAUAGGUUCUUAUCAAUUGCCAAAUUUGUUCUGGAAGGGUACAUGUACAGCCCCUCCAUCAAUAAAAUAUGAGGAUCUCUGUUUCUAUUAGUAAGGGAGCGUCCUAUCAUCAGAUCUUUUAGUACAACAAGGUUACUGGUGGGUGAGAGUGUCAAAUUUCCCAGCUCUUUCUUUCGCAGCGGAAUUCAUAUUAAAUUCGGUUUCUGUUGAUUUCUACUGAAUUUCAAAGUUACUUUUCAGAUAAUAAUAAGGCUGCUUAUGUUUGGGUUAUCUAUAUGUUGGGGAAUAAUUGGUCUAUAACACAUUUUCUUUUUCAAGGUGCUCAGUAUGUGGGAAAGAUUCUGAAGCUUCUUCAAAGAUGGAUGACUUCUACGGACUGGAGUUGAACAUUAAGGGAUUGGACAAUUUAAAUGCUAGUUUGGAUGAUUACCUUAGUGUAGAACAACUCUCUGGGGAAAAUCAAUAUUUCUGUCAGGCAUGUGGAAAAAGAGUUGACGCAACCCGUUGUAUUAAAUUGCAUGCACUCCCCCCUAUUCUUAUUUUUCAGCUCAAACGCUAUGACUUUCUUAUGGAGGUGAGUCACUCAGUAAUAUGAUAGCUGUUUCCUGUCUUAAACCCAUCAUGACUAUCUCUGCUUUAGUCAAUCACGAUAUUCAUCCACCCAUUCGUUUUUGCGCUUAUCUUCCUUUGAACAUACUUCUUUCUCCUCAGAUGACAAAAAAGAAGAAGAUUACCUCAUCCUUCAGUUUUCCCAGCCAACUAAAUAUGGGAAGAAGAUUGGAUGAUGUCCCUGAGCCGGAGCUGUUGUAUGACCUUUCAGCUGUACUGAUUCACAAGGGUGCUGCUGCCACUAGUGGGCAUUAUGUGGCACGUAUUAAGGAUGAAAACAGUGGGCAGUGGUGGGAAUUUGAUGAUGAGACUGUCCUCAAGUUGGGUCAUCAACCUUUUGGGGAGGCAUCAUCAAACUCGUCUGGCAAUGCUCAGCCAGCUGCGCAGUCUGAGGAGCUGCACCCUGCUUCAAAUGGAAACCAUAGUUCUGGUUUCAGUAAGUCACAACAUCAAGAGAUAUUUUCUCCGACUGAUGCCUAUAUGCUGAUCUAUAACUGCAUGGGUGCCCAGAAAUAUGUAAAGAGAUCUGAUAAAACUUUUGGGCCAGAUGCCAAAGAUGUAGAUAUGGUGGUUUCUACUAAUCUUAUUGAUCUUCCAAGUCAUCUUUCUGAAGAGGUUGAACAUUUUAAUCUACCUUUUGUCGAGGAUUGUAAUGAAUACAAGUCAAAGAAGGGUAUGCUGGUUGCUCACAUAACUGAGCGACGACAAGAAGUUAAGGCAAUUCUUUCUGAAGCCUCUGUUCAUUCAGUCGAAGACCCAUUUUUCUGGGUUUCAGUUGAUUGGCUUCGCCAGUGGGCUGAUAAUGUUGACCUUCCAUGGACUGGCAACACCAAUCUUCUGUGAGUAUCAGUUAUCCUACAUAACUCUAUACAUCCAUAAUUUGAGCACUUUGAUAUUUCUGUGCACAUCCAAAUCUACAUGUCCUCGUCUUUCUUGAGAUCAGUAGUUCUUUUAGAGAUUUCUGCAUGGUUAGUACUCUUAAAUUCCUUUUAACUUUGUCAUGUUGGACAGACGUCUUGACAACAGCAGAAUUCAGUGUUCACAUGGAAAAGUUGCUGUUGAUAAAGUUAGCUGCAUGAAGCGGAUGUCGACUGCUGCAUGGUCUAAACUGCUUUCCACGGUGAGAAAUAUGCCAGAGUUGUUUGGUGUACACUUGCAUCAUUUUUCUCUGUUUCAUUUCCUAAGUUUACUUUGUUUUAUUUCUCAGCUCUUUCAGAAGCCAUCGAUGUCAUACAUCAUAUAUGACGAGAAGAACAUGAAUCUCUGUAGAAUCCAGAUAGUGAAUUUAAUAAAAACUAUAAACGGUUCCUGCUUCCUCGCAUAGCUUUACAGAUCAUAUUCCUGUGUGGGGGAGAGACCACCAGUGUCAAUGCUGCUGUGAAUUUCGUUUUAUGUUUCAGCAUAGCCUCUUGAUCUUUUUUCUUUAUUCAUCCUUGAUCUUUCCUUCCAUAAUCAAUUUGAAUAUUUUAGAGUUUGUCCCUGUCGCAUCCCAAAUAGUUGUAUGUAAUGGUGUCCAUUUCUCCCACCCAUCUAUCUUCACGUGUCAUCCCCUAUCUUGUUUUGACUCAAAAACUCCAUAGAUUUCAGGAUAAUUCUACCAGUGUGGACAUCCAUUCAUUCCUCCAACUCAGCAUAGCAGCAGAAAGAAUUAUCACACAAUUUCUACCUCAUUCUCCAAUUAAAUGGCAGUGUGGAUCUUAUGUAAAACAGGUGGAUUUACUUAAACUGUGAGAGAAUCGGGGAUACAGAUGCCUCUGUCUACAAUCAUAAAGCUAGCUAAUUUGAAAAUUGAAACGCUGUAACCAUCUGUUAUGAAUUUUCUCCGACUUUUUGUCAAUCGCUAUUUGCCCGUACACCCUUUUGAAAGUAAGGAUUUGUGACGCAAUAAGGUUUCAAAAUGGUUUUCUCGUCUUCACUUUAUUCCUUUGAUACGUUUUGGACCCCGAAUUUCAUGUAUAUUUGUGCCUUAUCUUUGGAUUUUGUCUCCUGUCUCCUGUCUUAUUUCAUUCAAUGAUUUGAAUGUUUCUCAUUUUCAGUAUGGAGGUGGCCCAGCUUUGAGCAGUGAUGACUACUGCAUUGAGUGCCUUAAGGAAGAAGCCCUGAAUUUUGUUUCUGCCGAUGAUUAUCGAGAUCGAAGGGCUGCCAUGAAGCAAUUCGCAGAGGUGGCGCUUGCUGGAAAGAGUACUGAUGGAAAAUCGUAUUAUGUAUCAAGAACAUGGUAUUAUUCAUUUUUCCUCCUCGACUUUAUGCCAACUUUUGCAUUUUUUGCUAUCUGAGCAUUUUUAGUAUUUUAUUUGGUUAGACACUAUCCUUUCCUGCCAAUCCAUUAUAAGUUUGGAUCACAUUGUCUUAUUCUUAUGCUUUGACAUGUAACGGCAUGGCGGUAAUCGAAAUAUUUAUUUGAUCCAUGAAGGAUAUGAACCGAUAAUUGAAAUAAUUGAUGUCAGAUGUAAAACCAGGUUUAAAUUUGAUUGAAUUUUCCGACUUUGGCCUAGGCUGAUGUGUGAAUUGCUUGUUGACUAUCAUCUCAACGCUUGAACAUAUUGUACCUUGGCCAUAAAUUUCCAUGUAGAAUUCAUUUUAUUAUUCUUCAUUAAUUAGUUUUCACAGCUGGCAUCUAGCUAUAGUUUGAUCAUGCAAAAAAUUGAUUGAUGACCUCACUGCAUUUUUGGGAAGUACUAGCUGCUUUCACUUGUCGGAACAUCUAACACUUGAAUCGUUCUCUACAUCCAAAUAUUAGAGAUUGGAGGCUUAGAGUAUUCGGGAUCACCAAUAAAUAUGGGAAUCCUGUUGAUGGAACUGUGGUGGAGACAAAUUCCGAGAUGGAAGACGUAUUACCUUCCUCAUAACAAUAGGAAAAUCAGUAACGGAAAAGAUGACUGGACUGGUUCUACGUUUUUCUCUAUAUUUUUGGGCAUGCCUUGGCAAAAGCUUCAGUGCAUCCUCUAUUUAAAAUUUUUAAAUGACUCAUAUUGCUAUGAAUUCGUAAUCAUCAGCAUAGUAAAAUAAGUGGCAGUAAGUCGAUGAUAUUUAAGUUAUGGUUUCCUCUUUAACCAUAUUUCCUGAUGUCUCGGUGCCACAUUAAAAAAGUUGAUGAUCAACAUCUUAAGUUCGACGGUAGUUUGUCUAUAGUUGGGAAGAUAUUUAGCUUUCAUGCAUAAUCUGUAAAGUAUAUUAUUACAUUAAUUAGUUCUCAAUUAGUCACGUUCCUUAAUUGCAUUCAUCAGCAAAAUUACGUUCUUCAAAACCGAUUGUGUAAUUAUCAUUCCAAGAGCCAAAACUAAUGAAUCGAUACACUGGAUAAUAUGAUUCUGGCUGCUUACCUGCCAAAAUAUGCUGUAUGAUCUGACUAUUCGUCUCCAUGUUUCUCUAUUUUUUUUUUCUUUUCUACAUGGAAAUAUGUAACGACCCUGAACACACAGUGGAAGCGAGAACCGAAGAGAGAAUUAGGAAAAAGAAGGCGAUCUGGUGGAGUUAGUGGAUAGAAACCCUGAAAGGUACGAGGGUAUUCGAGAGACCCACAGCUCUCCAAAUCCAACCCUAAUCUUCCCAGGAUUCCCCGCCCUCUCACCCCCUUUCCCCAUUCACAUUAAGUGUCCAUGAUACCCUGACUGGAAGCUUCGCUAGUGGGUUAGGCCCCCUCCUUGGAACUGACCCUUUUUUUCGUACGGGAGUAAGUUAGGCCCAGUGGCCUAACAAACUAUCAUCAUGUUUACAGAACAUCAAGCUCUUCUCUAAAUACAUGAACAGAUCAUGCAUCACUUGCGCCUUUACCUUCCAAAACAUAUUAUUAGAUAUCUUGUGGCACAGUUAUUGUACGUUUUUCAUCCAGUUCGGAAAACAAUUAUGUUUUCUAUCCCCCCCAGAAUUUCAUUCUUUUCAGAUGAUGAUUUUGGCUCCCUUUUUUUCUGUGGAGUUUCCUUUUGAGCACACUAUCAUAUAUAUUUUUUUGUUUCUUUUUAGGUUGACUCAUUGGUUGCGUAGAAAAAAUGUUGAUAACCCAUGUGACGCUGAUGCUGGUCCUACAGCAUCUCUCAGAUGCUCCCAUGGUAAUUUACUGCCGGAACAAGCUCCUGGUGCAAAACGUGUCCAAGUUCCUGAGGGCCUCUGGCUAUUUCUUCUUGAAAGUGCUAAUGCUGUGAAACCUGAUGAUUUAUUGGGUUGCCAAGUGUUCCAUUCUGAUUCACAACCUUGUGAAACUUGCUACAAGGAAAUUUCCAAAGUUGCAUCCCUUGCGGGUAGCCUUAGGUACACACCAUAACACUUCUGUCUUCCUAUAUAAUGUGGUCUUGUCACUCGUUAUGUUUUUGUCAACAUUACAGAGAGUCAAAGCAUAAACAGCGACAGAGUCAUGAAAGAUUGUUUUCUGGGAAAAGCAUUAACCUUUACCCUGGUGGGAAGUACUUCUUGUUGCCAUCAUCGUGGCUCACAAAAUGGAGGGCUUAUAUCACAACAACAGGGAAAAAUAGUUCUUCAGUUGAGCCUGAAUGCUUGGAGGUCAUCGUCGAUUCACUAAAAUGCGAAAAGGUGAUAUCAAAAUGAUUUCUAAUGAUUUUCUUAGUUUCUUCACCCCACUUGUAUAUUUGUAAGGUCUCCUUCCCGCUGUCCUAAGGUUUUGUAAGAUGCUUUUCAUGGAGCGGAUGGCAUCGUGUAUGAUUGCACUGUCUCAAUUUCUCUGAAAAAAUACCUGUUUUGAAGAAUCGAUGACUUACGCCAAGAUCCAAUGUGGAUCGAGAUAUCGUGAUCACCAGAUCCUCCUUUAGUAAAAAAAAUGAUUUCCCUGCCUUUUUGUAGAUGAUGAUUUUUUUUUUGUAGCUACUCUCAUCUUAGGAUUCACAUUACUUAAUAUGCCAUAAAGGAUCAUGUUAUGGAUACGCUAUCAAACCUUGUGGUCACUUUUGAUCGACCAAUGCUAGUGCCAAGAUGCUUUAUAGUCUCUAUUUAUUCCAGAAGAUGGCAUUAUUGACUGUAUUAUGAGGAAUCUUGGUAGUGUCCGUGCAAAGAAACAAUAUCUCACAUGCAGGAAGUCUACUAUUCUAGGUCAUUUAUGCUAAAAUUUUCAUUUUCAAGGGUUUCUUUAUCCAAAUAUUCGAGGGACAACUUUGUGCCAUGCACCUGCUGCCUUAGAAUCAAAAAUCUUAGCGAUAAUUGUAAUCUCAAUAGCUAUGCAAAGGAGCUAAAACGAUUCUUCCCAGUUUCUAAUUCUGCACCUCCUGUGCUUCCAUGAUGGGGGCCUUUUGGCUAUUUUCUUACGCUAGCAUUGAUGCCUACUAUUGUCAAAUGCCUCGUCCUACCAUACCACUGUAUUAUGAAACCAUUUCUCCCUGUUCCUGGCUGUAUUUUCACUUCCUUGUUUUCUAUAAAAUUGGUUCAGUCAUUUCCAAUCGCAACCCUUCUUUUGUCCUCGACUUCCACAUCCAUUAACCAUUGUUAGUCUUAGAUGAUAAUGCCACCUUAGGCUAUCAUUGGCGUCUUGUCUUUGUAUUUUUCCUCAAUUGAGAUCGUCCUCUACAUCGCCCUACGUUGCCAUCCGAGAUGAGCUUAUAAUGUUUAAGUCUCAUCUUCUCUCGGAUUAUCUUUGGUACUCCAAAUAUGGGUAAAUUUGAGAUUGGUAGGUAGUCAGUUCUAACGUACUAAGGUCUGGCUUUCCAUCAGAGCGAAGAAGCUUGCCUUUCCAUCCUGUCAACUCUUCUUUCACGCCUUUUUACUAUCGAAUGUUAGCUUUAAAAGUCCUAUAUUUCCUUGCUAAUAAUUCUUAUCUUUCUGUAUAUCAGCAUGGUCGACUGCUAGAAAGGCCUCUCGGGCUUGUUUGCAAGCGUGGUCUGAUCACACAAAAGUUGUCAAACGUAAGUGAAUUCAGUUCUAAUUCCUCCUUGCCUUUUUUGUUUUUCCCUUUUUGUUCGUAUUUUAAAAUUUGUUAAAAGCCUAUAUAAAUGAUUACCAGAAUUUCUGGUCAUGUUUAUAGUUGUGUCUGGUGGAUUUUUUUUGUCAAACUGGGGCAACGUAUUUUCCAUUACCAAGACAUGUAAUGGGAUAGGGUAUUUUCCCUAUGAAAUGCAUAUAAUGGGCCCUGUGAUGUGGCUUUUAUCUCGCAUCCCCUUUCUCUCACGGUUCGAUAGUAAAAAAAAAUUCUUUACUUUCAUUCUUUUUUCCUAAAUUAAUGCGUUCUUUAUCUUCUAUUCAUGCUUAUACCUCUUGCUGUCGCAAUCUUGUUUGCACUUGCUCUUAACCUGUGUAAUGUCUAAAACUUUCAAAUGAUACUGUUAUUAAUUUUCUAUUCCAGUUUCUAUUAUCUUUAUGUAUCCAUUUUUGCUUGUGUAAUAUUUCAGGUCGAUGGGUUAACGAUAAUUCCAGAGAGUGAUUGGAAGCGUUUCUGUAUAGAAUGGGAAGCGAUCGAGGAGAAAGGCAUUUCUGCUGAAAUUCUUCGCAUCAAUAAUAAAGUAGCUGGAUCUUGUGAAGGGAUCCCAAUGUCAGAGGAUAAUUUAAAUUUAUCAAAUGAUGAAGUAUCUUGUGAGCUAGAGUCUAAGGAUCUUAUUAUCAAGACUGAUCCAGAAGUAAGGCCAAGGAGAUACAUAAUUUACAAGUUAACAUUUGCAAAGUGUGAACUCCCUAUUUUUUCCCUAUAAAGUUCACUAAGGCCUUUUAUUUCAUGCAUACAUCCUUCCAUUCCCUUUCAUUCCUUAAUUGAGUUCAUAUCAUACCAUGCGUAUUCAAAAGUGACUGCAAGCUUUGUGAUCAACAGCCAUUGCCUUUCUGAGUUAUAGGAUGCCUUCACGAGCUUAUUUAGUAUCUUCAUAUGCUUUCUAGAUUUGUGAGGAAUGUAUUGGGGAAAGAGAUAGCUGUGAGCUGAUGCGCAAGCUUAACUAUUCCGAUGAGGAAAUCAGUGUGCAUCUAAUUCGGGGCAAAGAAGUUCCAAGAUCACUUUUGGAAGCUUCUACAAACAUCUCUGAGCCAGAUCGUCGAACUUCCAAGCGUUCACGGAGAACAUCAUCUGGCAAAAUUUGUAAUUUGAGAGUAUCAGGCACGACAUCAGUAUAUCAGUUGAAGAUGAUGAUUUGGGAAUACUUUGGGGUAUGAAUAUAUCACAGAAUAUGAUUUACAUUUUUAUGGUGUAAAAUUACCUGGAGACAUUGGAUUACUAACGUUACACGCCAGUUAUUGUUUUGAUAUUUUUCCUGUCUCUAUAUAAUCGGAAAUGAACGUUUUCAAAAUAAUGCUUUCAAACAUCUUUUCAAACUUUUUUAUUGGUGCAUCUCCUUCAAGCCAUUUGUCCUCCAAAUUUUUCAGUCGUAUAUCAUUCCCGCUUUAAAAUUUGCUGAAAUCAUUGGGAUGUCCGCAACCUGCCGUAGUGUUUUUCCUAAAGGAAGGAAGAAAGGAUAUCUAAUUGAGGCCGUAGUCUCUAGUUUUUAUGUUAAUGUAACCUUUUUGGAAAAGUAUCGGUUAUGACAUUUUUAUGGGUGGAAAACGCCCUAAAUUUAUCUUCUUGAAACGUGCAACAGGUAGUGAAGGAAAACCAGAAACUUCACAAAGGUUCUCUGGAAAUUGAAGGUGACUCUGCUACUCUAGCUGACAAGAAUAUUUUUCCUGGAGAUGUUCUGUGGGUCACUGACUCCGAGAUUCAUGAGAACCGCGAUAUAGCCGGUAUGGAAGAACCACUCAUGAACUCUCUUUUUUGAGACCAUUGAUCCAUUCAUGUAUAAAAUGCCCAUUUCUUUGCUACUUCUAGAUGAGCUUUCGGAGCAGAAGGUUGAGUCCCAUCAAACGGAAGAAGGGUUUCGUGGGACCCUUUUGUUGUCAGAUGUUUCCAUUCAGGUACUGCUAGUGAUAUAA